AUGUCGUACACAUUCUCCAUACUGUCGCCCCUCGAUGUCCCUCUAUUCACGCAUGACUUUGGCACCUCACGCAGCGGUGGCACGGGCGUUGCGAAUUACACACCCGCCGAACGCGCGCUCGUUCCAUUCAUCUUACACUCCUCACUCGACAUAGUCGAAGAAGUACAAUGGGGCCCUUCCACAUCCAGCGGCUCAGCGCCCAUGUAUCUCAAGCACAUCGAUAAAUACCAGAACUGCUUUGUGUCGUGCUGGAUCACUGGCGGCAACACACGCUUCCUUCUGCUCACAAGACCACGGGACGAAAGUCUAGGACUGACAAGUGGAGGUGCUGGGGGCGCGAGAGGGAGUCUAGCGGGUGGAAGAGCUGCAUUGGGAGGAGGCGCUGGUCUAUAUAAUCCCAGUAGUCCAGCCACGGAAGAGGCAGUCAAGAACUUUAUGGUCGACGUAUACGAGGCUUGGGUCAAGACUAUCAUGAAUCCGUUCUUUGCGGUGGGCAACGGGGAGGUUAUCAAGAGUCCGGUCUUCAGGCAAAGGGUUGCAACUGCGGCAAAAAAGUAUCUAUGA